AUGAUAGAUUCGAAAGAUGAUAAGGAGCCAGGAAUGUGCUCAAUUUUCGAAAAAACCGGAUGCUGCCCAAAAGGAGAUCGUUGCAAUAAAGUCCAUUUCAUCCCAGCAAUGGCCAGAACUGUAAUUUUCCAUCAUAUUUUCCCUAACCCAGACUUUUUCAUUCAGUGCUUACCAGAUGGAGUUAUCACAAUGUCAGCCCAAGAAAAGCAGCGUUACAUCGAUGCAUUUUUCCUUGAUAUGUUUUUAAUGUGCAGAAGGUUUGGAGCCAUCGAAGAUUUGCUCUUGUGCUCAAACACGAUGGAUUGCCUAAGCGGAAAUUUCUAUGUUUUCUACGAGCAAUCUGACUGUGCAAGAAUGGCGCUUACAGCUUUAGAUGGACAAUACUACGCCGGCCGUAAAGUUCACGUUACACUCUGCAGUGUUCCUAGAUACUCUACUGCUCUUUGCAAGAGCUCUAUGAAAGGAGAAUGUUCCAGAGGAAACGAAUGUGCCUUUAUCCACGCUUUAGAGCCAUCGUUCGCACUCUACCAAGAAGUAAUCCCAAGAAUUAAUAAGUUAUUCCCAUCAGCAUUCAGAAAACCAGGUGAUCCACCAGUUGUUGAUAAUCCAAACGAAAUUAUCAAUGGAAUUUACAGAAACAAGAACCAAAUGGCCGACUUAAGCAAGUACAUCCCACCUGGCUUCCCCAAUCAUGAUCCGGCAGCAUUCAAAGGAAAUAAUAAUUAA